GCCGCGCGUUGCAUCCUGGUCGUAUGAUGGCGCCGCGCCGUGAGGGAGUCGGCGGAGCGGAGUCGGCGGGUUUCUCAGAGAUCCCCGUGAGGUUCGCGGACAAGAGCCCGGUCUCCCGCCGCCUCCUGGUGAAGCCGCACCGGGCCCGUGAACCUGCUGCCGCCCGGCCUCAGAACCGGACACUCUUCGUGCUCAACGUGCCGCCCUACUGCACCCAGGAGAGCCUGCACAGGCUCUUUUCACAAUGCGGUGCCAUCGCGUCAGUGGAACUGCAAGACAGACCAGGCCCAGGAACCAAACCUGAGGCAAAGAAAUCAAAGUUCUUCUCCAGGAAACCUGCGGAGGGCUUCCAGGUGGCCUACGUCGUGUUUCAGAAACCAGCCGGGAUGAUGUCUGCCCUGAAAGUCCAAGAGCCUUGGGUCCUGUCUCCGAAGGAGCACCCCAUCAGAUCAGGCCUUCAGAAGUGGAUCCAGGAAUACUCAUCCGGCAUCGUCGACCCUGAGGCACUACAGAGCGACAUUGAUGAGUUCAUGAAGCAACACGACAAGCGGGUGGCAGAGCUGGAGGCCGUCGCCGAGGCCGAGGACGGGGUCCCGGACGAGGAGGGCUGGGUGAAGGUGACCAGGAAGGGCCGUCGGCCUGGUGUUCCCCGGACCGAGGCACACAGCCUGCAGGCGAUCCAGCGGGAGAAACGCAAGCGAGCUCAGAAAGAGCUGCUCAACUUCUACAGCUGGCAGCGAAAGGACGCCAAGCGAGAGCAUAUCGCCCAGCUUCGGAAGAAGUUUGAAGAGGAUAAGCAGAGGAUUGCUGUGAUGAGGGCCGAGCGGAAGUUCAAGCCUUACUGAAAUCCGGUCGGGGCGGGGGCCGGCGGGGGAGGGAGUGGGAUUCGGGUCGACAGCGAGGCUGCAGCAAUGAGGAAGGGCUUCAGAGAGGGUUCUUCCCUCGUGCUCGGUCCUGGGUCCACAACAGCUCGGGACUAUAACUGGGCGUAGCUAUUUGCGACUGGCCAGGACCUUGGGGUGGGUGACAGGGGCCGGGGCUUUAUCACGUUACUCUGGUAACUGGACCCGUGGUGAGUGAACCAGAGAUGAUAUUUUCAGCUGGCAGAACAGUGAAUGAGCUCAUCCAGUCACAAGUCAGUGGGCACCUUGUGCCCUGGGGGUGCCGUCCGCUGGGUAUGGCAGAGGAACAGAAAAGGCUGGAUGCACACCUGGUCAGGUGGCACCUGUGGAAAGAGAUCCAGAGUUUAAGGCCGCCGUUCUUUGUAACUGGAACUUGCACAUUGACUGCACACAUCGCUGAUCUGAAUGUGUAUGUUCCCUACAGAACCCCGCUAUAUAAAAGUCUAUUACUAACUGCGAAAUCUAAGAUUUUAUUAAAUGAUGACAUUGUCAAGUUUUGACAGGAAGUCCUGAGGUGCCAUGAUUUAAAAUUAAAAAGUAAUAGGAACGAGAGAUAAAUUUCCUGCAGCUCAGUUUUUGCGUAAGCUUGGAUCUUGUCCAUGUUAUCGAACCACUUCAACAUCUUGUCCUCGCCAAAGCUCCCAGUCCAGGGGUUAAGUCUCACUGCCCAAGCGUUCCUCAGUAUGCAGGUGGUUGAGCUGCUGGAUCAAAUUCUCCGGGACCAAUCUGUCGUUCCCCGAAACAACCUUGCUGCGGUCAAAUGUAGGUGAAUGGUACAGAUAUUCGCAGGGUUCUUUGAGCGAAUAAUGAGAAAAGCUGAGGCCUCUCACAGUAAUUCACCUGUUUGUCACUGCGGCCGUGAAUCAGUUCACUUCACUGACUUCUCCCGUUGCAGUCCGUUCAGGUGGUGCAGAGGAGGAGGCUGAUUUUCACACUAUUUAUUGAACCUGGAGCGUUUUAACUUCAUACCUGGAAACGUGUUUCAGAUUUUCUAAGAUAUUUGUAAAUAAAC